GAGGCGGAGGAGAGCUGAGCAGAGCUGAGCAGAGCAUCGGGCCGGAGCGGGAUGAGUUUGUCCGUCCUCGGCGGAGGCUCCGGCCGGGCCUAGGGAGCUGGAAGCUGGGGUCGGAGCGACACCCGUGCAAGUGGGAGGAGGCGGCUCUGGGACUUUAACCCCUUGUGGGCUCUGCGGCAGGGGAUUUAACCCUUUGUGGGUUCGGCCCCUCGGAGGCGGCGUCAUCGGGUGGUUUUAACCCCUUCGAGGCUGGGUCUUACUCGCUGGACUUCGAGCUCCUCUGGGUGCCCACCGGCUCCUCGGUCGGGAGGCGUGAGGCCCACCCGCGCUGCACCCCCUCGGACCCGCCAACUGGCCGCGCUGUCGGCGCUUAACCCUUUCCCAACUUGGGCGUCUUAAGUUGCAAUCGGAGUUUGCCGGCAGGACUCGCUCAACGCAUCCUUGCAGGAAUUGCCGAAGAGGACUCGGACACCUUCAGGACAAGAAGAGAAAGCCUUUGCUCUCUCCCUCUUCAAGGAUUUGUAGCUAACAUUUGUCCAACUUGGACAAGAGGACUCCACUAGCCAUGGCCGAGUCACUCUUGUCAGAAUAUCAACACCAGCCUCAGACUAGCAACUGUACAGGUGCUGCUGUGGUCCCCGGAGAGAACGCGGAGUGCGCCCCAGGCGCGGAGGAGCGGGUGCCCGCCGAGGACAGUAGGUGGCAAUCGAGAGCGUCCCCCGAGUCCGACGGCCGUCCGGGGCCGGCGGGGGAAGGGAGUCCGGAGCCUCCGCAGACCCAGGCCGGGGCAGAACCUGGAGACCGGGGCCGGAACGGGGCCGGCCUGGCCACGGGCGGCGCGCCCUCGCCGGCGGCGGGAGCGGACCCGCCGGGGCAGGACUCGGAGGCCAACAAGUUGGAGGCUCCGGCUGCAGGGGGCGAGGCGGCCUGGGGCCAUCAGCAGAGACACCUGGGCAAGAAGAAGCACCGGAGGCGCCCCUCCAAGAAGAAGCGGCAUUGGAAGCCGUACUACAAGCUGACCUGGGAGGAGAAGAGAAAGUUCGACGAGAAGCAGAGCUUGCGAGCCUCGAGGAUUCGAGCCGAGAUGUUCGCCAAGGGCCAGCCGGUCGCGCCGUACAACACCACGCAGUUCCUUAUGGACGAUCACGACCAAGAGGAACCGGAUCUUAAAACCGGCUUCUGCCCUAAGCGGUCCGCCACCAAAUCCGACACCAGCGACGAGGACUUCAUGGAGGAGGGGGGCGAGGAGGACGGGGGCAGCGACGGGAUGGGAGGGGACGGCAGCGAGUUCCUGCAGCGCGACUUCUCGGAGACGUACGAGCGGUACCACGCCGAGAGCCUGCAGAACAUGAGCAAGCAGGAGCUCAUCAAGGAGUACCUGGAGCUGGAGAAGUGCCUCUCGCGGAUGGAGGACGAGAACAACCGGCUGCGGCUGGAGAGCCGGCGGCCGGGCGACGAGGCGCGCGUGCGGGAGCUGGAGCUGGAGCUGGAGCGGCUGCGCGCCGAGAACCUGCAGCUGCUGAGCGAGAACCAGCGGCACGGGCUGCAGGAGCGCGCGCCGCUCUCCAAGUUCGCCGACUGAGCCGGGGCCGCGGGGACCUUGGCCGGGGCUGGAAUGUAACGUUAUAGACAGGUGUACAUAAGACGGCGGACCUUUUUAUGACAGAAUCAGAAAAUCCCCCAACACACCCCACCCGGCUUCGGUUGGUUUGGUAAAUUUAGCUAUGGUGUAGCUGCGUGCUUUCUCCUGUUCUUUAAUUAUGUGAAACUGAAGGUUGCUUUUCUUGUUUUCCUUUAUAGAAGUUUUUCUUUUUAAAUGUGCAAGUAAGUUGUCCAAGGUAUAUAUAAUGCAUUUUUCCUGUUUAAAAAAAAAAAAAGAGCUCCUUAAAUGGAGCUAUAAGGUGGCCAAAUCUGAGAAUCAAUAAAUUCAUUCUAGUUAUAAUAAAUUUAAUAUUUGUAAAUGUAA